AGGAAGGGGGAGUGUAGAAGAGGGACAGAGGAAAGAGAUGAAUAGAAGGCACCAGAACCACCUACCAUGACCAAGUGCGCUGUAAAUGUAGGACACAAACUGGAGUGGAAUACAAGCGGAGCAGACAGCGGCAGGUUGGGGGGAGAACCAUGUUCGGAUGUGCCUUCACUGACUCCAGCCUUUUUCACUCUGGUUCCACAUGCGGCCAUGGGAACACAGGGGAAGUGCUUUUCCUCCCAAACAUUUCUUGCAUUUUGAAACGGAAAAGAAGAGUGGCAGUCAGAUCCAGCCCCGGUCUCCCAGUCUCCGGUUACCCAUGGUAGGAAUUGCAUAAUUCACCCUCAUCCACCGGAGCCAUUCGGUGGUGCCUCCUCUGUGGGAAGAGGGGGACGCCAGGAAAAAAAAAAAGAAAAAGAAAAAAAAAAAAAAAAAAAGAAAAGAGAACCGACUCCCUCCAUCCAUCCGGUGGCUGCCUCCUGUGCUGUGCGGUGUGAUGCCCUUUUCUGUGCGCGGAAGGACUUGCAGACAGUAGCGGGGGAAGCAGCGGGGGAAGGAUGCGUUUACGGCUGGAUGUGUGCUGCGUUCAGGGAGAUUCAGCAGUCCGAGCAGAGGCAGCGCGUGCGGAGGGCCUGGGAAGCACCCGGCCCCACUACCUCCUCCUUUUCCUCCCCCCCUGCAGGACCAUGCUUGCGUGAGGGAUGAGGCUGUGCACGGGGACGCCAGGCCAGAGCUGCGGCCUACUUCCCACCAGAGCCGGUCUCUCGACUCCGACCCCCGUCAACACGUUGCCACCAUCACAUCAGCAUAUUUGGUCAUCAGGUAGAUCCAGGAGCAUGAGCAGGACUUUGAGCUGCGGGAGCAGAUGUCUGGGUACAAGCGCAUGCGGCGGCAGCACCAGAAGCAGCUGAUCGCUCUGGAGAACAGGCUGAAGGCCGAGAUGGACGAGCACAGGCUCCGGCUGCAGAAGGAACUAGAGACACAGGCCAACAACACUUACAUAGAGCUGGAACGACUGGCCAAACGGCACGCCGCUCAGACCGACAAAGAGAUGAAAUCAGCUGCAUCUGAAGAGAGGAGGAUCCAGCAGCAGAUCGUUGCUCAGCAGAAGAAGGAGCUGACUGGUUUUUUAGAGAACCAGAAGAAGGAGUACAGGAUCUGCAAAGAGAAGAUCAAAGAGGAGAUGAACGAGGACCCUUGUACACCCAAGGAGGAGAAGCAGGAGCGUCUGUCCAGGCACAAAGAAACAAUGCAGCGCUCCCAGGCCGAGGAGGAGGCCCACCUGUUGGCCCAACAGAGGCUGGUGUACGACCGCAGCUGUAGAGCCCUGAAGAGACGGACACUGGUCAAGAGGCACGAACUGGAACAGGAGCAGCUGAGAGAGGAACUGAACAAGAAGAGAACCCAGAAGGAGAUGGAACAUGCCCUGAUGAUCCGGCAGGACGAGUCCACCCAGGACAUGGAGCGCCGGCAGCUGCAGAUGCUUCAGAAGCUUCGGAUUGAACUGAUGAGGCUGCAGCACCAGACGGAGCUGGAGAACCAGGAGGAGUACAACGGGCGGCGGCAGAGGGAGCUCCACAGGAAACACUCUGUGGAGCAGCGGCAGCAGCCCAGGAACCUCAAGACAUUGGAGAUGCAGAUAAAGAAACAGUUCCAGGACACUUGUAAGGUGCAGAACAAACAGUAUAAAGCUCUGAAGAACCACCAGCUGGAGGUGUCUCCUAAAGGGGACCACAAAACCAUCCUGAAGAGCCUGAAAGAGGAGCAGACCCGUAAGCUGGCUGUCCUGGCUGAGCAGUACGAGCAGAGCAUCAAUGAGAUGAUGGCUUCACAAGCGAUGCGCUUAGAAGCCGAGCAGGAAACCGAGUGCCAAGCUCUAAAGCAGCAGCUGAAACAAGAGAUGGAGCUCCUGGACGCCUACCAGAGAAAAACCCAGUCACAGAUGGAGACCCAAUAUGAGCGAGAGCAGCAGAAACUUGAGCAGAAGGUCUCUAUACGCAGAGCCCACCUUGAACAGAAGAUUGAAGAGGAACUCGCUGCACUUCAAAAGGAACGUACUGAGAGGAUAAAGCACCUGCUGGAGCGACAGGACAGAGAAAUAAACACUUUUGACACAGAAAGUCGAAGCCUGGGCUUUGGAAGCCUGGGAUCUCUGGACUUCCCCAAAGAAGACAACAGAUGAAAGUGGAUUUAUUUGUCUCUGGAGGACAACAGACCUGUGGAUGCUCCACAUCCACUAAGACCUGCAGAACCUUGGAGUCCAAACACAGACAAAGCCGGAUGAACGUUCUCUCUUUUGCUUUUCUUCUAUUAGAUAUUGGACCAUUGAGUCACGGUGUUAUGUGCAAUGAGGACUUCUUUUUUUGUGAAACUUGAAUGGGGGAGGAGGAGUGAGACAAGAGAUUCUACAAACAUGUCAAUAAAUCCAACCUAGUCAGUGUCAACUCCAAACUCUUACAGUCUGUGUUACAAAAACAACUCUUUCCUCCACGCCAUUUCCUCCUCUUUUGGUAUGAAUUGAAUAAAUCAGGAAAAAUUUUAGUAAAAUGGGCACUUUGAUAUGUUUAAGUAGAACCCCAUCCUGUUCAUAUGAUGCUUCAUGUGUGUGUUUCCUGGAGGGACAUUGUGGAAUGUGAGCUGCGGAUCCCCCGUGGUGUUAAGCUGCUUUAUCUGUUUUAUUUUUUACAUUUAUUCGACUCUUGUUUUCUUUUCUUUUGUGCUUAAAAUGUGAAUAUUACUGUAUAGGGUCACUGGAUAACAGUCAGAGUUUAAUUUUGUAUUUUUUUGUUUUUGUUUUUUUUUCCCUCAUUUUUCUAGGCGACAGUUCUUAACUUCUCUUUAUUUGAUACGUCAGAUCAAUUGGUGUUAGCGCGGUCGAUCUCAUCACAACUCAAGAUCCCACUCGAUAAAACUGCUUAUUAUUGCAUGCACUUUAAGGACAAAUUCAGGUUGUGAAGUGAAGCAUGAAUCUGUCAGAGAUUUUAGCUGUUUGUAAAUAAAAGUGGUCAUAGCAUUUUUUUUUUUUUUUUUUUUUUUUUUUUUUAAAUCUAUGAGUACUGGACAUAAGCAACAUAUUUAUGGAGCCAAAUCUGGGCCAAACAGUCUGUUAAUUUGGGAUAUUGGAA